AUGUCGCUCAAGUUCUACCAGACUUCCGACCUGGAGCGGCCAUGGCGUCCACCAGUCAUGGACGAGGACUGCCGGCGCUACCGCCGCCGAGCACAGCGGACCGGCAAGUGGAUUCCGCCCCAGCUUGCCUUUGAAGAAGUUAUCAGGAAUAACACAGAAUCGCCAUGCUCACUAAACGACUUUGUGGACUACCUAGUCUAUGUCGAACAGGACGCGGAACCCCUGCAGUUUUUCCUAUGGUACUGCGGCUACGUCCAUGAGUGGACGACCCUGGCGCCUGAGCAACGUGCUCUUGCGCCGCGUUGGGAUCCGGACCGCGGCAGGAAGCUCACCUCCAAGGAGAGGAGGGCCAAGAAUUCGAGUAAAGUCAGCAACAUCCUCGAGAUGCUCGACGAGACCAGCGACUACGCUAAAGCCAAGGCGGGAGGCAACCAUACGCGCGACGCAUCGUCGGCAACGAACUUUUCGCACCCCAGAGUAACUAUUCUCAGGAAUGAUGAGAUGGAGGAGGAGGAGGAGGAGGAGGAGGAGAAGGGAACAGGUUCACAAGCACCAGCAGCAUCACAACCCUUCCGCGCCGACAUCAACGCCAUAACGAAGCACUACAUCCACUCAACCGCUCCGCGCCGCCUAAACCUUACAAAGGACGACCGCAACGCCGUCCUGACAGCAACGGCAUCCACGACGCACCCCUCGGCCCUCCUCCCGGCCUUUGAAAAGGUCGAAGCCCUCCUGCGCGGCAAGCUCCAUCCAGAUUUCAUCCGGCAUGCCAUGGCCAAUGCAAACCGCGCCGCGACACACCUCCUCCGCCUCCUCGGUUUUGUGUUGAUCAUCCUGGGCCUGGGCCUCGACGUCGCACUCAUCUUGUCAUCCUUCUCGCGCUACUACCGCCUCCUCUCCAUGCCCCUCCUCUUCUCGGGUCUCGCCAUCCUCGUCGCGGCCCUCGACGGCGUCUCCUUAUCCCUCCAUCUCGCGCGCAGACGCCACAUUCGGCCCUGGGAGGUGCCCGACCUAGAGGCCGGCACGGGUGCCGCGAGGAAGCACGACAGAGUAGCCCACCGCCGCGCUGCGACGAGCGAGAGUGUUGCCGGCGCCGUCGAUCCGCUUCGAAAACCCGCACUCUCGACGCUGGGCCCGGAGAAUAACCUGUUCUCGGGUGAGGAGUGGGUUGCCGCAUAUGGGCGCCGGUGGCUUUGGCGGCGGGUGUUUGAGCGCAGCCGGGCGAGCCGGAACUUGCACCUGCGGAUCCUGCAGGACGGUGUCGUCGCGGGUGCGGUGCUUUGGGCUUCGCUGGCAACGAUUGGGUUGGGGGUCGGGUCGGUGUUUAUACCCUCGUAUCAUCUGUUUUGA